UUUGCCGCCGCAGCUGUUGUUGUGGCGCCCGUGCACACCCUCACGCAUUUGCGCACACUUAAGUGUGCUCCUUGAGCGGCGGCGACCGCAUGUCCAUUCAGGCUGCCGCUCUCUGCUCCGCCGCCGUCUUCUCGGGUUGCCUCUCCAGCCUGCACACACACACAGACAAACACACACAACGCAGGCCAAGUGGAAUGUUGUCGCCGUCUUGCUGGGAAAAGUGGCAUUCAGCAGAAGAGUGAAGAAGACUGCGCUGGUUUACCAUGAGCUGUUUGGAUGUUAUGUACCCAGCCUAUGGACAUUACGCCUCGUACGCAACCAGCGCUCCUGCUUUCAUCAACACGUUACAGACUCCCAGUGGUGUGAGUAGCACCUCACCUCCGUGCCGGGAUUUUAUGGACACUCCUAGACGUCCCGAGGGAAUGUCCGCCGUUCAGGGCAGCGUCGGCGGACCGCCGACCUCGUCGUCUUCGGCCGCCUCGUCUUCUUCUUCUUCCUCUUCCUCCUCAUCUUCCUCCUACACGUCGGCGGCCCCGCGGCCUGACGAGGGCCCCAAGAACAAGCAGGAUGGCCCCGACGCUGAGUACCUGAAUUCCCGUUGCGUGCUUUUCACUUACUACCAGGGGGACAUCAGCAGCGUGGUGGACGAGCAUUUCUCUCGAGCUCUCAGCUCCUAUAUGGACGGCGAGGGAAAGCGGCGCGCUGCGGAGCAACAGGUCGCCGGUACUCCAGACACACCUUCACCGAGCAGCCGACGGAGUUUCCCUCCAUCCUUCUGGGACAGUAACUACUCAUCACCUCAAAGCCGCGCACACUGCGAGACGGCGGCUCCUUCCUAUUCCAUGGACCCCUACGCGUCGGGGCUACACCCGGGCCUCCCCCACCCGCAUUCUCACCCGCAUUCUCACCCGCACGCUCACCCCCACCCUCACCCGGCGGAGAGCUGGGGCUACACCCAGGCCCAGGCCUACGGGCCUCCAAGGCCUCUCCACGAACUCUACUCGCCUUCCAGUUUGGAGCCCCACUACGGGCCCCUGCUCAUGCCCACUGUUCGGCCGGCCCACUUGCCCACCUUGCCGAGCCACUACGAAGUAACCAAACUGGAGCCCACGGCCACCUGGCCCGGCCUGCUACCUCCGGGGGACGUCGGGCAGACACUGGCCCUCAACAUGGAUGCAGGCCUGCAGCAACACAAGAAAGGCAAGGAGCUCUACUGGUUCUAACGAAGCCCACAUUCACAUUGACCACAGCCAAUUAGUCCCUGGACCUUCUCCGCUAUUGAACAAGUGUGUCCCCUUUAUCCCAUGCACACAAACACACACAACUGGCCUCCCCUGACAGCCUGGCUCCUGGUGGAUGCGAGUGCACCAUGGAGAUAACGCAUAAUCUGGACCGCCUUCGCCAUGUCCCUCUCCGGAGGCAGACCCUGGCACAGGGAGACGCCAUGUUGGACCCAGAAAAACAGACUUUCGUUGAUCAAGGGAUGGACUUGGGGUGUGGGUGGUGGUGGUGGUGGU